CGCCUAAGCAGUCAUCGACGUACGGAUACGCAGAUAGAUUCAGACGGCCCGAAAACGUCAAUAGUACGACGACUACUUCGCUCACGAAGAAGAACAACGGGGAGCAGCCACUAGUGAUUACAAUUGUAUAUGGUGUGAGUUUAUAUAUGUGGCGCCAUUCGCCGCCAGAUGCUCCGUGGCUGUCAUCCCAUUGACACGGCGCUCUUUCCCGCUGAACACGGACUGCUUCUGCGCUGUCCACAGAAAAAUUCCCGGUUGAAGGGAAAGUCAGAAACGGGCUGACACCGAAUCGCGAGUCGCAUAGGACCCAGUGGUUGAACGGAGCCGGGGACCCCAUCACGCUGAUCACUUGUCUGGGCACCGUUCCGAGUAAUGUAAUAGAGGUCAACUGAAACUGCUUAAUCGAAAUGUACCUCUAGAAGCAAACUAGCCUGAUAAAAUUAGAGGAUGAAUUCUCCGAAGUCAAGCUGUUACGUUGAUUCGAGAAGAUAUCUGAGCACGAGGUGUGGACAGAGUUCCAAGAUAGCUCUUUACUUCCAGUAGGACUAUAUGUCAUAUGUGCAUACUGUAUAAACACUGGCAUAACGACUGAUAUUUCCUUUGGAAAUCAAAAAUAAAUGUUUGCCUAUUUGUGUUGUCUAGUAGAGCAGCUAACGUGUACAUUUUGAUUAUACGUUGCUCUCGUAGUCAGGAAACGACAAGAUAGUCGACAAACAGUGGCCAAUCACAACGGCGAAGCUAAGGAGAUAUGUUCUCAUAAGGUGUAUAGCGUAACGUACACUUGCGAUAAGAACGAACUCUCAUUGCUCGCUAAUCUUGAUGUUCAGCCUUGAUAAGUAAAUUUCAUUAGAUCAUCUUUGAGUUUCAACAAAAAUGGUACGUGAUAGCAACGACAGAGACGCCAACGGCCCACUUCGCUGCGAUAUUGCUCAGGCGAAAAAUUUCAUAUGUGCCUAUAGCAAGUGACAAGAUCAACGGUAACGUGUGUUGGGCGACGUGAUGUUGAAGUUCGUGCUAAAGUGUUGAAGUGUGAUACGUGUAUGUGUUAGUAAUCGACCUGAGUGAUUGAUUCCGCAGUGCCAAAGGAAAGAAGUACGAAUACUUCGACGAAAAUCUUAAGCGUAUUCAUGUGUUCAACAUUCAGUAACAAAUCAAAUCCAGUCCGCAUCGUUUGGACAAUAGCCAUAGUUUUGGAAUUGUAGGUGUGAUAUAGGUACAAAACGUACGCAACAGAUAGCUUUUCACAAUGAUGGACGAAAUGAUGCGUCGAAAUGGGCCUGGCGGAAAUCAGGUGGGCUCAAUGAACUCCGUUGGAGGAAGCGAUUUUGGCCGCAAUGAAGGCGAGCGCCUAAAUGAAACAUUUGGCGGCAGUCUCUCACUGGUAGGACAAAACGGUUCGGUUGAUCUAGAGGAUUCGGCCCAAGUGGGGCCUGACACGCUGGGCGCCCUCGGGGUGGCUAGCUCUUGUCAUUAUGAGGACUUCCACACAAUUGAUUGGCAACGAGAUCUCGCGGCAGAUCGCCAGCGACAUAGGGUCCUGUCAAAAAAACGUAACUCAGCAUGUGGCAUGUUAUGGUCAGUAUUUGAUGCCUGCUCCGGUUGGUUAUGUGUACUGAUAGUUGGCCUCCUUGCUGGAUUGAUCGCCGGCGUAAUCGAUAUUGGCGCAGCAUGGAUGAAGGAUCUCCGCGAAGGUAUUUGUCCACAGGCAUUUUGGUUAAAUAAAGAACAGUGCUGUUGGGCGUCAAACGAAACUUCAUUUGAAGGAGAACAAUGCGCACAAUGGCGCACUUGGCCGUCAGCAAUCUUUACUUAUAUUGAUGUGGAGGGCGGAUGGCAUUACUUUUUGGCCUGGGUCAUUUACGUGUUCUGGUCACUUACGCUGGCGGGCCUCGCGGCACAGCUGGUGAAAACAUUUGCGCCGUAUGCCUGUGGUUCGGGUAUACCCGAAAUUAAGACGAUACUUUCAGGAUUCGUGAUUCGAGGUUAUCUCGGGAAGUGGACCCUACUUGUAAAAUCGGUUGGUCUUGUAUUAGCUGUUGGUGCGGGACUUUCGUUGGGAAAAGAAGGUCCUCUCGUACACGUGGCCUGCUGUAUAGGCAACAUCCUCGCAUACGCGUUUCCGAAGUAUGGGCGUAAUGAAGCCAAGAAACGCGAAAUUCUCUCGGCAGCAGCCGCUGCUGGAGUUUCAGUGGCUUUUGGAGCGCCAAUCGGCGGUGUGCUAUUCUCACUGGAAGAGGUGUCAUACUACUUCCCAUUGAAAACCUUAUGGAGAUCGUUCUUCUGCGCACUUGUCGCGGCCUCGGUACUUCGCAGCAUUAAUCCGUUCGGAAACGACCAUCUUGUCAUGUUUUCCGUCAAGCAUGAUUUUCCCUGGUCGUCUUGGGAGCUAUUUCCGUUCCUUGUUCUUGGUAUUACAGGUGGAGUUAUCGGAACUGUAUUUACGAGAUUGAAUUUACGAUGGUGUCGAUUCCGCAAGGAGUCUCGACUUGGACACUAUCCGAUUACAGAAGUGCUGACUCUGACAGCCGUUACAGCUGUUCUUUCAUAUCCGAACCCGUAUACGCGGAUGAACACCUCAGAUUUAAUUAAGUUGCUAUUCGUUGACUGUGGCAUCGGAGAUGUAACACCUCUGUGCGACUAUAAACGAAACUUCACGGAUGCGACGGCUCGGAUCGAUAUAGCGGAGGCAGGUCUCGGGGUCUACGAAGCUCUAUGGCAGCUUUCGCUUGGCUUCAUCUUUAAACUUGUGAUAACAGUAUUCACGUUUGGCGUCAAAGUUCCAGCCGGUAUAUUUAUUCCGUCAUUAGCUCUCGGAGCAAUCACUGGCCGGACUAUGGGCGUUGUCUUGGAGCAGAUCGCGUGGCGUCAUCGCACUUCUGAGUUUUUCUCAGCGGCCUGUGCUAGCGGCGAGGGUUGUAUCCCACCGGGCCUUUAUGCGAUGGUCGGAGCGGCCGCAUGUUUAGGCGGAGUUACGAGGAUGACCGUUUCUCUCGUCGUAAUCAUGUUUGAGCUGACAGGAUCCGUAAAAUAUAUUCUUCCAUUAAUGACGGCAAUCAUGGCAGCGAAGUGGGUGGCGGAUGCGCUAAAUAAGGAAGGUAUUUACGACGCACAUAUUGGCCUAAACGAUUAUCCGUUUCUUGACCUAAAAGAAGAGUUUACUCAUACGAGCCUCGCCGGUGAGGUGAUGCGACCACGGGCCGGAGAUGGACCUCUCCGCACUCUUCCCCAAGAAGGUUUUACGGUUGAUGAAUUGGAGGCAUUCCUUCGAGGAAAUACGAACAAUGGAUUUCCGGUUGUUGUUUCACAAGAUAAUCCAGCUCUGGUGGGAUUUGUUAAACGGAAAGACCUAGCUUACUCACUUUCAUUAUUGACCCCGGCAGAUGGCGUUAUCAACAAAAGCCCAGUGAUCUUUUCGGCGCAGGUUCCAUCACCUUGGAAUGGGCCAACUCCGCUCAAGCUUAGACGGCUCGUGGACCUGGCUCCGGUUACAGUGACCGAAAUGACUCCAAUGGAGACUGUGGUAGACAUGUUUCGCAAACUGGGACUUCGGCAUGUCCUAGUAACAAACCGAGGGGCUCUAUUGGGUAUCAUUACAAAAAAGGACGUGUUACGUCACGUCAAUUGUUUGCAGGGCCGUGCACUCACGGAGGAUUCACACGUCACCCACGCGACCGCCGAAGCUUAGACAUGAGAAAGAUGCAUUCGGAUAGUUUUGAUUCGAAUCUACCUCAGUUUCAUGAUAGGGCACUGUACUGUAGCUUUUUUUCAUUUUUGCGAAUUAAUUAGGAGGUAUCCUUUAUAGCGACGGCGAUAAAACAGCAGCAAUUGCAGACCAUGAGUUCCCUGUAACUUCGCCUCAACCUUUGUCUGUCUGUCUGUCUGACCUUGUAACCGGUAAAAGGGAGAAUUUUUAGGGGAAUUUAAAACGGUUAUAUAGCGCUUCUCUGUCAGGUGUGUUGAUUUAUACAAAGCGUUUGCAACAAAGAAGACUUCUGAAGUUUGAGCAGACGUAACUUUGGACAAUUUCAAUGACGCGGUUCACGAGAUGGGAGAUGGCGUAUGACGAAUCGACGGUGACAGAGACGGUGUUCACAUUAUAAAAUGGCAUAUAUAGAUACACAGAGCUAACAAAAUGACAACCUAUAUUGAGAAAUAUUUUUGUAGGAUGAUCUCCUCAUAACGAUUUAACUCAUUUAAUUACGGUUUUGCAAUUUGCUAGUUAGACUUGCCCAUGUAGUUAGUUCUAAUACUUUCUUUUGUGUUUCUGGCAAUGCCACAUCUCGGCGACUCUGCCACUCCUGCUUAUGUUUUAUUAUUGUCGCCAUUGAUUCUCAUAAAGAAAACAACCGAAGAUGCUACUGCAAACAUGCUAUUUAGCAUUUCGGAAAAAUACGGUACAAAAUGCGCUUUAAGUUUUAUCGCAUUGUCUAGCCUAAUGCUCGUUUUCAUUAGUUUACCGCAGAAUGAGGCUCUUGUUAGAAUAUUUACCGUCUUUACGUUAAAGCCUCUAGAUUUAAUGUUGUAAUUGUUAGAAUGAACUCAGUGUUCUACGUUAACACUUUAAUGGCUCGUAAUGUCACUCAGGGGUUUCCAUUCUUAAUAAUAAGUACAUCUUGUAAAGCUAGUCUGUGUUAGUUCAAGCCAAGAAAAGCCGGCGCUAGACUUUUAGGUCAGCGUCAUUUUAUUUCUAUCAACUGAAGUUCUCAAAGGCCAGCGCUAAUCUCUAUAUGUACCUUCUCUUUUCCGGCAAAAAUUAACCGGUUUCGACAAGAUUAGCUUCUGCUUCGUGUACUGUACUCGCAAAUAAUCUGAUACGACGUUGCAUAUUGCUAAAGUGCGCAUUUUUUAUUCGCAUUCUUUUAUUGAAUGUAUCAUUUAAAACGUACAGCGCGUUUGGUCUAGCAAUAUUCAUUUGGUAGAACGUAAAAUCAGCCAUACAGUUAAACAAAAUAAUCAUAACAAGGUGUGAUAUACGAUGUAAAAGCACAUGACGGAGUUUUUAAGUAAAAAUUCCAUCCAUUACAGCAGAGGUAACGAUAGUAAGAAAUAUGUUCGAGAUACAUUGAAGGAAUCACUCACCCCCGUA